AUGGCUUUACAGACGAUCAAGACGUACACGAAAAAAUGGACCAGUUGGUUCUUUCCUGAGUCUGAGAAGUCUGAGGAUGGUCGUGAUCAGUGGCCUUCGAGAGCGGCGUUCUUGUUGGCUGCUAUGNGGGGUUGUGCUGGUCAGGGUAAUCUUCUUCGUUAUCCGUCGGUCGUCUACAACAAUUAUGGUCUUCAAUGGUUCAUACCAUACCUUCUCGCCGUAUUCCUCAUUGCGAUUCCUGCCCUCAUUCUCGAGAUCGCCAUUGGGCAGUGCUUUAGAGGUGGCUCGGUCAUUGCCUUCAACAACAUCAAUCGACGUCUCAAAGGUGUCGGUAUAGGUCCUGUCUUCGUCAGUCUGAUCGUCGUCCAAUACUUCACUGUCAAUCUCGCUUGGAUCAUGAUCUACUUCAGGAGUUCGUUCACCAGUCCAUUGCCUUGGGAGAACCGCAUUGAAGACUUUUACAAUAACGAUGUUGUCGCCAACCCAGCACCUAUUGCAGGCAGCCUUACCAAUGGAGGCAAAGAUGUCGCAUCGUACACAAGUUACCCCGCCGUUGGCCUGAUUGGAGAGACUGUGGGAUGGAGCGCUUUCAUCUGGUUUCUAAUCUGGUUCUCCAUUUUCCGUGGAGUCGGUAUGACUGGACGCGUUGUGUACUUUACCAUGGGAUUACCCAUCAUCACUACUAUCAUCUUCGUUGGCCGUGCUCUCUCUCUGGACAAUGCUGGCGCUGGAGUCAAACUUCUUUGGGGAACCUGGAGAGGUGAUCAAUUGGCUUCUGGUACUGUCUGGCAAACUGCCGUAGGGCAAGUCUUCUUCUCGACAGGUAUUGGCUUUGGCUACUUUACCUCCUAUGCCUCAUACAACCAGAAGCACUCAAAUGCCGUCAUGGAUGCCGUACUCAUCUGUGGCAGCAAUGUUUUGUUUGAGAACUUUGCCGCAUUCGCUAUCUUUGGUGUUGUCGGCUUUCUUCGACGUUGGCCUUCGCCUGAUGAGCGCUUGGGAGCUUUCGUGGUCGGCUUCCUUACUCUCCCAGAGGCAGUUCUUCAGAUGCCUGGAGCUAAUUUCUGGGCCAUCCUCCUCUUCCUUACUUUGAUUGUGCUUGGAUUCAGCUCUGCUUUUGUUAUGCUGGACGUCGUUGCUACUCUGCUUGUGGACUCGGGUAUCAAGUACUCACGUCCGGUCAUCGUUACCGCUCUGACGCUGGUGUCAUUCUUGAUGUGUCUUCCAUAUUGCACCGAGUUUGGCUACUAUUUGUUGGAUGGGAUUGAUAGAUGGAUCAACAACAUCGCACUCAUCUUUGUCGUCUUUUGCGAAGUCGUCAGUGCUACGACCGUCUAUCGCUGGAGCGACGUUACAGAACAGGUCGGCUUGCCUGCUUUUGUCAUCUACAACCUUGGAUACUUUGGAGGCUUGCUCAUUGGUGUCUCUGUAGCUCAUGGUCUUGAGAGUGCCGGCCCUGGUGCAGGUGCUGGCUUUGGCUUCUUUGUCGCUUGUACCGUGGUUGCAGGUAUAAUCGCCAAAUCCCCAGAGCCAGGCGACACUGGCACUGUUUCCAAGGUCAGAGGCCAACUCAAACAAUUGUGGUAUUUAGCUUUCUACUCUGUAAGUCUUCAGAGCAUCAUCCAAACGAAAUCUAUAAAGCUAACAAACGACCCCCAGGGCAACCAACUUCGCCGCGACCUCAAUAUUGUCAUCGGCAACGGCAAANACUGGAAGAUCCCUUCUUUCAUGCCUGUCCUUCUUCGUUACGUCUCUGGACCCGUCCUAGCCAUAAUUUUCAGCUUUGCGUUUCCAGAGUUUCAUACCCUGCGUUACGACCCCAUGAUGAUUACUGGCUUCAUCCUCUCUAUCCUGGGUAUGGUUGCUGUAUUACUGGGAUUUGUGAUGCCGAGAUAUUAUGAUGCUUUUGUGCCAGUGGAGAGGAGGAAUGAAGGUACACAGGAGACGGUGCUUAAUCAGCCGAUGGACAAAGUUGAUGCCGUUUCAGUUGUUACUGUGGAGGGUGAUGGUGGUGAAAGUGGAAGUGCGAAUGGGAGGGAGAAGGCGCUUGUCACUGGGACGCAAGAACAAACUGGAUCGUCCGAGUUGCGGGAGGAGAGUGUGAAGUAG